AUGGCUAAAAAAUAUUCCGAUGAUGAUGAUAAUUUACAACAUAAUCAACGUUUUUUCGACAUGGCCGGGGAACCUUGCCGAAUGUUAUUACCCAUCCAAGGUUAUGAAAAAAAGCCUCUUGUGUCACUCGAAGACGCAGUUGAACCAUUAGUUCAAUUUGUGCCGGAUAUCAAGCGAAUGGCAUACGUGGCUAAAAUGAAAUGUGACAAUCCGCCUGCUAAUCAUCUUUCAAAAGAUGAAUCAGCUUCUAUCAUUCUUUAUUCGAUGGAAUGGGAACCACAAGAAGAGUGUCUUUAUCAUGUCUUAAACGCCACUCUUCGUGCUGAAAAUCGGAGAAAAUUAGUUCCAUGGUUCCUUUACUUGAAACUGGUUCUUAAGGCUUUAUCAGAUCUUCCACCAUUACAGCGUACUGUUUAUCGGGGAGUUAGAGGUGAUUUGCGCAAGGGCUAUGAAAAAGGAAAAGAAGUUAUUUGGUGGGGAUUCAGUUCUUGUACAACAACUCAGGACGUUUUGGAAAAUGAUCAGUUCUUGGGUUCAUCAGGCACAAGAACUUUUUUUACCAUUGAAUGCAUCAAUGGUAAAGAUAUUCAACAACAUUCAUCAAUCAAAACUGAAGAUGAAGUUCUUCUUCCACCUGGUCGGCUAUUUAAAGUUGUUUCAUGUCUGAAUCAAUCCGGUGGUCUUUAUAUGAUACAGCUUAGAGAAAUUGAACCACCAUAUCCUCUUCUUGAACCUGUAUCAAAAGAUGCUCCAAAAAUAUCGACAGCUGCUACAGCCAAUCCCUCACCAGUUAUCGCACCGAUGGACAGGUACAGUAGUUGUUUUUAA